AUGGACAAGCAGCAGGUCUUUGGUUCCUCCUACGUGGACAUGCCUUUCUUCGCGGCCAAUGGUGCAGCCACGGCACAGGGGGAGAGCCGGCCGAGGGCGCGGCGCAGGAGGCGGAGGGCGGCGAGGUGCGGCGGAGGGGACGGUGACGGCGGGGACAUGGACGGAGGAGGGGAUCCCAAGAAGCGGCGGCUGACCGACGAGCAGGUGCACGGUCUGGAGCUGAGCUUCCGGGAGGAGCGCAAGCUGGAGACCGGCCGAAAGGUUCAUCUCGCUGCCGAGCUCGGGCUCGAUCCCAAGCAAGUCGCCGUGUGGUUCCAGAACCGACGGGCGCGACACAAGAGCAAGCUUAUGGAGGAGGAGUUCGCCAAGCUCAAGCACGCCCACGACGCGGCCAUCCUCCACAAAUGCCAUCUCGAGAACGAGUUGCUGAGGCUGAAGGAGAGGCUGGGAGCGACCGAGGAGGAGGUGCGGCGCCUCAGGUCGGCAGCUGGGAGCCACGGAGCAUCCGGCAACGGCGGAGACGCCGCUGACGCCGUUGGCGCGUGCGGCGGGAGCCCGAGCUCGUCCUUCUCGACGGGAACCUGCCAGCAGCAUCCGGGUUUCAGCGGCGCAGGCCAGCUGGGGCCGGACGAUGAGCUGAUGAUGUGCGUCCCCGAGUAUGGUGGCUACGCCGAUAGCAGCGUGGUCGAGUGGUUUAGCCUCUAUGGGCUAAUUUGAAAUUGAGACGAGCUGGGUAUCAACUGGAUGCAGAUCGAUUACUAUUCUAGUUAGCCAUAGUGUUAAUUAAGCUGGGGUGAUCUCUAGGGCGUGCCUGUUUAAUUAUGUAGAUAGUGUUGAUUAAUGGCAAAGCUUGCAAGCUAGCAAGUGUAGUACUACUGGUAGCUCUCUUGAAGUUCAGAGAUGAUGUGUGCUAUCAUUUGAUAUAUAUUUUACUUCAGCAAUAAAUAGUCUUCUCGCGGGGAGGCACUGUGUAUGUGCUAGUUGGCAAUCAUCUUAAGUAGGAGUUUGCUGCUGUUAGCUCUAAAUAUUGAUGAUGUUG